CGCAAAGGUGACGGAUCUGUUGAACGUUAUAAUUUGAUUAUAUUUAACACACGUGACAUGAUGUAUGAAAAAUAAUCAUUAUAAAUUUAGUGCACGUGUUGUUUACGCGUUUAUGUUCAAAACAUUCCGAUGAUCAUAAUGGGAAUAAGAAGCUUAAGGAACAUUCGCAGAUUUUUGUUGCUGUUGGCGGCAAUAACGAGCACAAAUGCAUUAAAAUGUUCCAGACUCAUAGAAGGCACGACUAUGCCUCGUUCCAAUGCCGAUGGAAAAUACCAUUUAUUCAUCACUCUCUUCAACCGAACUGAAAUGGUUUUCUCCUAUAUGCCAAAUACCAGAUAUAGUGUGACUAUACAAGCAGACAGAAUGGGCAUUAUACCGCGGAAAUUUACGAGAUUCUUGAUUUCCUCUGAGCCCGAAAGCGAAGAAGACACGGCAGAAAGCGGUAUCUUUGAUCUCCAAGAUGAUUUGUUAACGAAAUAUUCGGAAAAUUGUCCGAAUACUGUUGUAGAAAUGUCGAUGGUGUCUAAAGAAGAAAUUUCCGUGGCCUGGACCAGUCCUUCCGAAGGUAGCGGUUGCAUAUUUAUCAGGGCGACGAUAUUUGAAACGCCUGAUACAUGGUAUAUGGACGAUCCGAAUUUAGUCUUAAAGAUAUGUCAAGACUCGAAAGCUGAGGCGGAUAACCAAGGACCAGUUCUGAAUGAAUGCUGUGCCUGCGAGGAGGCGAAGUACGAAGUUACUUUCGAGGGACUUUGGUCUAGAAAUACUCACCCCAAGGAUUUUCCUAGCAAAGGAUGGAUCAUUCGAUUUUCAGAUGUCAUUGGAGCAUCACACACAGUAGAUUAUAGAUUUUGGGAAUACAAUGGCAUGGCUAGUACUGGUUUACAACAAGUGGCCGAAUUUGGAUUAACCAGGAAAUUAGAAUCCGAAUUAAAGAAUCAAAGUGAUCAUAUUAGGACUAUAAUCAAAGCCAGAGGAAUAAGUUAUCCCAAUGUUACUGGUAAAACUUUCGCAGUCUUUCGCGUUGACCAGAAACAUCAUCUUAUGUCUUUGGUGUCCAUGAUUGAUCCUUCACCGGAUUGGAUAGUCGGAGUUUCAGGUUUGGAGUUGUGUCUAAGUAAUUGUUCGUGGAUUGAACAUAAAGAACUUAAUUUAUAUCCAUAUGACGCGGGUACUGAUAAUGGGAUCACAUACUUGUCACCAGAUUCACCAACAGAGCCACAAGAAUCCAUUCACCGAAUAACUUCGAGUUAUCCGAAUGAUUCGAGAUCUCCCUUUUAUGAUCCUUCUGGUUUAGAUAUGAAACCUCUUGCCAGGCUUUACUUGAAUCGACAAAGACUUUAUGAGAAAACCUGUGAGGAGGCUCCAGGGGAUGCAAUGAACACAGGUACAACCGGCAAAAAACGCAGAGACAAAGCCUGUAAAGUGACAUCAUGGGACUCUUGGGAGGCUUGUUCUGUGACAUGCGGUCGUGGCAUCCGUCUUAGACAAAGAUUCUACGAGGACAAAGCUGCUGCGACGCAGAACAAGUGCAACGUCACUCUAACUAGCAGGGCGAAGUGCCAGGGAGAGAGCCCUCACUGCAACAAUAGAGGGCGAGAUGCAGGUAUUCUGGAGACAGAGAAAUGCGCGUUACAUGAUUGGAGUAGUUGGAGUUCCUGCAGUGCAACUUGCGGGGACAGCCACAGGACAAGAUCACGAAAUUUCAAGUACAAGAAACAUCUUAAAGAGUGCAAAUCAAUCCCUGACGGACCGGUACUUCAAGAAACAAUUGCUUGCGAGUACGUUCCAUGUCCCGAUAUGGAUAAGGACGAGGUAAGCGAGUCGGCUAAUCAGGAAGAGGAAAAUGAAAAUAAUGAUGAACAAGACAGUGAUAAUGAAGAAGAUUACGAGGGAGAGGCACCGGUGAUGGAGGUAACUGAGAAAUGGCAGCAGAAUUGCCCUGAAGAACGUUAUACCCAAUGGUCCUUAUGGUCUCCCUGCAGUUCUACCUGCGGCCCUGGCAUACAAUUAAGAUUCAGACUCGUGAAAGAGGGAAAUAUAGGGAGCUAUGACGAGAAUUUAAAUCGUGAAGAAUGCAAACGACAACAGGCUACAUGUGUAGCCAGCAUUCCAACGUGUAAUAUUACAAAAGAAGAAGCAGAAAAGAUCUGCAAUGAACCAAUGAAAAAAGGACGAUGCAAUAGUAACAUCAUACGUGUAUAUUUUGACAAACAAACGGGUCAAUGUCGUAGAUUUAGUUAUUCCGGCUGCGAUGGAAAUCGAAAUAAUUUCGAAACUGAAAAAUAUUGCAAUGAGAUUUGCAGUGACUUUCAGAGAGAGUCAAGGGGAAAUAUAUCGACUGUGAUGAAAAAUUAUAAGGUAUCCCUCAGCAGUGUUCUCAGUUAUCACAUACCUGUGCAGGGGCAACGCAGCAUGAAGACAAAGCGAGCUCAUCAUGAGAAAUUAAAAUUCAAAGGCAUACAACCAGAUAGUCAAGUGAUAGAAUCAUCUAAUAUUGUGAAAGAUGUCGAUUGUCAAAUAUCCAAUUGGAGUAAUUGGUCUGCAUGUGCAGGAUGUCGUGGGUACACUGAAAGUACAAGACAAAUUCAGGUAUAUUCUAAAGGCAAUGGUAAGAAAUGUCCGCAAAAAUUGCAUCGCAAAAGAAAAUGUCAUAAAAUUCCACCUUGUUCUUUACAAGGUGAUGAACUAAGACGACGUAUAUAUCGUGAUCGAUAUUCGGGAAGAGAAGAAAAUCAAAUUUCAGUUGAUUGCAAAAUGACACAAUGGUCUAGUUGGUCACAUUGUACAGCAACUUGUGGGAAAUCAUCACAAUACAGAACAAGAACAGUCAAAAUUCAAUCUGUUGGUCCAAAAAGCAAACCAUGUUCUCAUAUCAUAGAGAAUAGAAAAUGCCAUACAAUAGAAUGUCCAUAAUAAUGUUUAUCCAUUUUUAUUUUAUUAUUUAUUUUAAAACAUAUUCAAUUUAAAAUUUUACUUAUGUAUCAUUAAAUCAAGCACAAUGAAAUAAAUAUAAUAUGAAAUAAAAUUUUGCUAUAAUUCAUAUUCACAUAAAAAUUAUUAUAAAACAUUACAAUAUUCUUUAUACAUUACAUUAUAAAAUUUUUUAUAAUAACAUAUUUUUUAAAAAUAUUCAAUAUAAAAAAAAUGACAAUCAAUAUUGAUAUUAUUUGAUCAUAUCGUAUUAUGAUAUGAUAGAAUCAUUGAGAAUGCUUGAUACAUUGAUACAUAUUUUAGGAUUGGAGUUUUAAUUUAAUUUUUUUAUUAUUUUAAUUACAAAACAUAAAAUAAAAAAAUAACUUUAAUAAUAUAAAUAUACUCUGAUAAAUUUAUAUGGAAUAUAAUAUUUUAGAUUAUAGAUCUAAUAACGAUAUAUUUCAAAUAUAUAUUAAAAAAAUUAUUUUAUUUUAUUUUAUAAAUAUUAGAUAAAUAUUAGGAAUAUUUCUAAUGAAUUUCAACGCACAAAAUAUUUUAUUACAUUUUUUAUAUUUUUUGCUUUAAUUUUUUUCUUAAAAUUAAUUAAUUUAUAUUAAUUUAACAUUAAAAAAUAAUAUUAAUAAAUAAUUAUAAUUAUAAAAUCAAUUAAUAUUUUACUUAUAUGUAACAUAAAUAAUUUUUUCAGUCAGAAAGAAUUAUAUUUUAAUUAAUUAUAAAAAAGUAAGAAAUUGUUAUCAAGAUUUAUAGUAAAAAAUGUAUAAACUAUGUUACACAUAAUUAACUAUACUAUAUUAUAUUAAAUUUUCUAAAAAAACAAAUAUAAACUGUUUUAUGCAAAAAUAAAAUGUAAUAAAUAUUUCAAUCAUUAUCAAAAGAUGUGUCAUCUCUUAAAUAUUUUAAAAAAUAAAACAAUCGAUAUAACAACAAUGAUACAUAUUUCUCUGUAUAAGUAUUAUAAAAUAUAUAUUUGUGGCAUUUAUAAAAUUUAAGAAAAUAUAGAUCUCAGUUUAAGAUCAAAUAUUUCAUUUAGUGUUUAUUAAAAUUAUAUAUUUAAGAUUUAAGUAAAAUUAAUUUAAAAAUAAAAUAAAACAAAUUUUAUCAACUUGGCAGAAAUAUCUGUAAAUAAUUCUUAUAUAUUAUUAUCGAAAAACUUAAUCUAUUCUAUAAAAAUAAAUAUGAUAUUAUACUUUUUUUUUAAAAAAUUACAAUACCAAGUAUCAAAAAUACUUUUGAUAUUGUUUUUAAUAAUAUAAAAAAUAAUAAAAAAUAACAGCUUACAUAAAAAAAUAUAUUACAUCAUGUUAUAAUAAUUUCAAAUUUUAAAAUUAAAAUUUCGAAUCAAUUUUCGCAUUAUUUUACUUUAGUUGAGAUAAUUUUGUUAAAUAAAAUAUAUAUUAAUAUUAUUUUAUUUUUAUAUAAUAUUUAUUAAUUGUUCUUUUUUUUCUUUUUACUUUUAUUAAUAAUAAUUGUAUGAUUAAACUUUUAGAUAAUAGUACACUUAUAUGUAUAUUACAUAUCGUUAAAUAAGAUCACUAAUGAGAUCAUUGAGCAAAUUAAUGUAUUCACUUAUAUUUGACAAUAAUAAUAUUAUAUUUAAUAUAAUACUAAAUGAAAUUCAAAACUUUGUUUUUAUUUAAAUUCAAUAUAUAAUCAAAAUAAGAAUCACUAUUAAUAAUUGAUAUUACAAACAUAAAAUUUAUUUAAUAUUUAUUGAAUAAUAAUUAAUGCUAAAAUAUAUUUUUAAAUAUUAUCAUGAAUUAUUUAUAAUAAAUCAUUUUUAUUUAAAAAUAACUAGUUUUGAAUCUCAUUUUAGUGUUCAAAGAUAGUGUAAGAUAUUAUAAAGCAAUAAAUUUAAAAUUGUCCAUUUUGUUAUUUAAUAUUUUAAAUUAUAAUUGAAAAUAUACAUUUAAGUUUUAAAUAUAAUUUUAUGAAUAUAAUAAUUUUUUAUGUAUAUGAUAUUAAUUUAUAUUGUAUAAAUUUUACAAGAUAAAUCCUUAUAUAUAUGUAUAUAUUCUUGUAUACAUAUUAAUUCAUUAUUUAUUUUAUUAAAUUAUAAUAUGAUUCUACUAUA